AUGCCAGCAGAGCGGAAGAAUCGAACAAAACGAGCCGCCUCGACGGCAUCAACAACCUCCAGGAGCAUUGCGGCGAAGAGAAGACAACCCUUCCCUCUGCCAUCCUUCUCCCUCCCACCUACAAACGACACGUCAAUCACCGUCAGAGUUCUCCCUCUACCCAUCGUCGGGAAAGGACUGGGUCCAGGACUCACCUGGACGAUUGACGAACGCCCGGCGGAACAGCUCGAAAAAGGAAGGCGUGUCAUCUUCUCCACGGACGCCCAAACGUCCGGAUUAGGGAACCUCUCGGCAAUCUCCGACCUACGUAGGCACUGGGUCACGUUCAUAGUGACUGGCGCCGAUAAGCCGUGCAGCCUACGCGUGCCGAUCCCAUGGGCGUCCCUCGGGGACUUAGAGGGAUACACACAUCAGCACCACUACUUCAACCUCCCAAACCUCCCUCCGCCGCACCCCUCCUUCGCCGAGAGACCGGCUUUCCAAAACGAGAAGGAGAACCCGUACGAGUUCGAUAUAGAAGAGGACGACAUCCCCUCCCUCGCAAAGAGAAUCACGAAUAUCACCAAUGCGUAG